AUGGUAAUUGGUAAAGGUGGAGGCGUCAAUAGUGAUGGGGCUUCGACUAAGCUCUGCUUGCUAGCAGACAAGGACCUCACUGUGCCAUCCAAACGAGUAACUCCGACAAACCAAUGUGUUGGAUAUGCUGUCCAGUUGUGCUGCGUGAGAGGUGAAGAAAGUGUCAUGGAAGCAGAAAAAAUUGAUUUAAUUGAGAUAAAGGAUAACAAUGACCUUACGGACCAAGACUCAUCUCCAUCUAGUGUAAAUGAAGUCAAGAUUCCUGAGAUUGGAAUGACAUUUUCAUGUGAAGAAGAAGUUCGUACUUUUUAUAAUUCUUAUGCUCAGAAUGUUGGUUUCGGUAUUUGCAAAUUAGGUGGUAGAAAUGGAGAUGAUGGAAAGCAAAAAUAUUUCUCUAUUGGAUGUGCCAAAAAUGGUGGGAAAGUAUCUCAAGCAAAAAAUAUUUUAUACCCUCGACCUUCUACUAAGACGAAUUGCAAAGCUAAGAUUAAUGUUGCUAUUCGAAAUGAUGGGAACUUUGUGAUAACUAGUCUAUGUCUUGAACAUAAUCAUAUCUUGAGUCCUGGAAAGUCACGACAUUUUAGAUGUAAUAAAGUAUUGGAUUCAGCUAUAAAGAGAAAAUUAGAGCUAAAUGAUCAAGCUGGAAUAACUUUAAGCAAAAGUUUUCAAUCAUUUGUAGUUGAGGCUGGAGGCUAUGAGAAUUUGACAUUUGAUGAGAGAAAGUGUAGGAAUUAUAUUUCAGAAGCUAGAAGGCUGAGGUUAGGGGAUGGAGAUGCUGAAGCUUUGAGUAAUUAUUUUUGUCGCAUGCAAAGUAGGAACUCAAACUUUUUUUAUGUGCUUGAUUUAGAUGGGGAAUCUCGAAUAAAAAAUAUUUUUUGGGCAGAUGCAAGAUGUAGAGCUGCGUAUGAGUACUUUUCUGAUGUUGUGACUUUUGAUACAACCUAUUUGACUAAUAGUUAUGACAUGCCAUUUGCUCCAUUUGUUGGGGUGAAUCAUCAUGGUCAAUCUAUUUUGCUGGGAUGUGGAUUAUUAUCAAGCGAAGACUCAGCAACUUUUAUAUGGUUGUUCAAAUCUUGGUUGACAUGUAUGCUCGGACAUGCUCCAAAGGCUAUAAUCACAGACCAAUGUCGUGCCAUGACAAUUGCAAUUGAAGAGGUAUUUCCGAAUUCGCAUCAUCGUCUGUGUCUUUGGCAUAUCAUGAAAAAAAUUCCAGCAAAAUUUGGUGGUCAUGCUCAAUACAAAAUGAUAAAGAAACAAUUGAAGAACAUUGUCUAUAACUCACUUACAAUUGAUGAGUGUGAUGAGAAUUGGUUGAAAAUGAUUGAGGAGUUUAAUUUGGAAAAUAAUGAUUGGUUGAAAUCUUUGCAUGAAGAACGACAUAGAUGGAUACCUGUAUACGUUAAAGAUAACUUUUGGGCAGGUAUGCCCACAUCUCAAAGAAGUGAAAGUAUGAAUGCAUUUUUUGAUGACUACGUCCAUUCUAAAACAUCUUUGAAGCAAUUUGUUGAGCAAUAUGAUAAUGCUUUGAAGAAGAAGAUUGAGAAUGAAAAACAUUUGGAUUUUGUUUCUUUUAAUUCUACCAUGCCACUUAUUCUUGGUCAUCCUAUUGAAAGACAAUUUCAAAAUGCAUACACUAACAACUUAUUUAAGUUGUUCCAAGAUGAAAUAAGAGGAUUGAUGUUUUGCGAUGCCUCAUUAUUGAAGGAAGAAGGGACAACUUUAAUAUUUGAAGUAGUAGAAACUAUUUUGGGAAAAAAUGGAGAACCCGUAAGGGAAGUUUCCUUUAGGGUACAUUAUACGGAGUUAGAUUGCAAAUUGAAAUGUAUGUGCCGUCUAUUUGAGUUUCGGGGAAUUUUAUGUAGGCAUGUGAUCAAAGUGUUGAUAAGAAUGAAGGUGACUGAGGUUCCUAUGAAUUAUAUUAUGGACCGAUGGCGCAAAGAUAUUAAGCGUGGGUAUCAAAGUAUCAGUAACAUCUAUGAUGAUUUUGUUUGUGAUGGAGAAAGACAUCGAUAUAAUAUUCUCACUCCAUUGAUACAAGAGAUUCAACAACUUGGUGCAAAAAAUGAUGACAAUUGUUCUAUGUUGGUGGAAAUCUUGAAAGACACGAAGGAAAAACUAAUUGUUAAUGGGCUUGAGCAUUCAAGGGUUGAACAACUGCAAGGAGUAUCUACAUCUGAUUCAAAAGCAAUACACUCUCCAUUAAAAGUAAGAUCUCGAGGUCGUCCACCCACAAAGAGGAAACAAUCUAAGAUUGAACAAAUUGUGAAGAAAUCAGUUGCAAAGGCCCGAAAAGAAGCAAUAAAGAUUGGAAAGUCGAAGGUGGAAGACCCAUGGAAAAGUGCAGGUCCCACUGGGGAAGUUGAAUCCACCCAACUAGUUGCUAGCGAGGACAUAGUUUCCAAACUUGCUGCUAUCGGCUUCAAUUACCUCCAUUGUCAAAAGGCUGCCAUAAACACUGCUAAUGCUGGAGUUGAGGAAGCAAUGACAUGGUUACUUUCUCACAUGGAUGAUCCAGAUAUAGAUGAGCCUAUUUCACAUAACUCUCAUGCAAUGGAUCUUCAAUCUCUUGAUGAGACAAGUGUUGAAACUUUUUUUUCAUUUGGCUUCCAUGAAGAGGUUGCUAGAAAGGCAUUAAAGCACUACAAGAAAACUGAUAUUUAG